AUGUUAGCAGAAUGUGAAGAGCGUUGCAAUAUGUCGCUGUCUGUUCUUCAAUUCAAUUUUAUGGCUUUAAGGCGCGCCAACCAUGUACAAUUUAUAUCGCCAAUGUCUCGUUCAAUGGAGGAGCAGGAGACACGGUGGAGAGUAAAAGAUGCGCAACCGGUCUGCGACCGAAGGCCGCUGCAUGAGAAGGACGCGCGCCUCCUAUACAAAGUCGAGGACCUGCAGAGUGCGCCCGCGCCGCCUCGCCGCCCGCUAAUGAUGUCCUUCGUUGAACCGCUCGUAAUUGGACAAAGCCUGAAUGUUCAAUCAUCAGGCCAUCGCUGCGGCUUAACUAAUGAAGAUUUAAAUCGACGCUGGUCCAAGCCAAGCCCCGUUUUGCAUCCUUCUAUUUACCAUACCAAGGGGUUAAUAGAGUACUUAGUACGCGUUUGGAAGAAACCGCCGUUAGUGUACUGCGACUAUCAUGGACACUCACGCAAGAAGAAUGUGUUCUUUUAUGGAUGCGCCGGCGCAGAGAGCUGGUGCAGCAACGACCGGCUAGUGCAAGAUGAGCCUGUUAAAUACCUUAUGCUGCCCGCCCUCAUGCAUCGCAUAUCCGCGGCGUUUGCUCUCGGUUCGUGUUCGUUCCGCGUAGAGCGCGAACGCGAGAGCACCGCGCGCGUCACCGUGUGGCGCCACCUGGGUGUCACGCGCUCCUACACCAUGGAGGCCUCGUUCUGCGGCUUCGACAGAGGACCCUACAAGGGACUCCAUCUGAAUACGCAGCAUUUGCAGAGCGUGGGUAGCGACUUUUGCGAGGCCCUCAACGGACUUGGCGAUAACGCCGCCAAUGUAGACAUUCAGCUUACUAAGGAUCUUAACGACAGUGAAAUAGCAGUGGACAGCGAGCCUGGCUCCGGGUCCGAUAGUGUUCUAAAGACAGACUCUGAUGAAGAUUUUGAC